AUGAAAACUAUAUGCAAAAAUUAUCCACCUUUUCUUGAUAAAAAUCAACAAGAUUUUUUAAUUUCAGAAUUAAUGGAUUAUAUUCAAGUUCAUGGAAUUAAUAUUCGUAUAACACAUUCAGAACAAGACAAAAAACAUUUUUUCAACCAUCAAAAUGUUCCACUAACUCUUUUUCCAUCUUUAUUUCCAUCAAUUGCUUUUAAAAAAGCAAAAGCAAUUCAAUGUGAUUUUAAUAAACUUUAUGCAUUUGUUGCAAAUGACGAAGAAUUUAUGUGUCAAGUUAUGGAAAAUCUUGUUAAUAUUGAUGAUUUUAUAAAAAAAUUAUGGGACAUACAUUUAGAGGUCAAAAAGAAAGGAAUCGUACAACCAAUAUCAUUAGGAAUUUUUAGAUCAGAUUAUCUUCUUGAAGCUACACAAAACUCAUCACCUCAGUUGAAGCAAGUAGAAUUUAAUACAAUAGCAUCUUCUAUGGGUUCAUUCUCAUCUAAAAUAUCAGAAAUGCAUAAAUAUCUAAACAGUAUUGGUGCUUAUGGAUCAUGUAUAUUGAAAGAAGAAAAUUUUCCGAAAAACGAUUCUAUUAAAUUGCUUACAGAAGGACUGGCCAAUGCAAAUAGGUUAUAUGGAGAAAAAAAUACUAAAAUUCUUUUUAUUGUUGAGCCUCAUGAUUCAUUUAUUCUUGAUCAACGAUGCCUUGAAUAUGAGUUAUUUCAAGUUCACGGGAUACAAGCUUAUCGUGUAUUCCUGCACUCAAUUUUAGACUUUAUAGAGCUUCGCCAAAAUGACAAAGCUUUGCUUUUCAAAUCGCCUAACUCAAAAAUUGAAGAAAUAUCUGUAGUAUAUUUUCGGACAGGAUAUUCACCAAAUCAUUACCCAUCAUCUAUUGAAUGGUCUGCACGUUUAUUAAUCGAAGAAAGUCGUGCUAUUAAAUGCCCUACUGUUAUAACACAAUUGGCAGGUUGUAAAAAAGUUCAACAAAUUCUUUGUAAAAAAAAUAUCAUAAAUAAAUUUCUUCCAGAAAAUAUAUCAAAAUCAUUGAAAGAAACAUUUGUCUCUAUUUAUGCACUAAAUAGAGACUUAUCAGGUCAGGAAGCCUAUCGCUUACUCAUGAAUAACCCUCAAAAUUACAUCUUAAAACCUCAAAGGGAAGGCGGAGGAAAUAAUAUUUAUGGAUUAAAUAUACCAACCUUUUUAAAAACAAUUCCGGAAUCCCAAAGAGAACAAUAUAUCCUCAUGGAGAUGAUUCAUCCACUUUUACAGACAAACACAAUUAUUCAAAAUAACGAAUUACAUCAUACUAAUGUUAUUAAUGAAUUAGGUAUAUAUGGUGUUAUUUUAUGGAAUAAAAAUGGAGAGAUCUAUCAUAAUAAAGAAUCAGGCUAUCUUCUAAGGACAAAAGAUAAAGAUAAAAAUGAAGGAGGCGUGAUGAUCGGCUGCUCAUCAAUAGAUUCAUGUGUUUUAGUUCCUUAA